AUGACGACUGCGAUCUCGGUUGGAUCGAAUGUCGGCACAGAUAAGAAAUGUGGUAUUUGCGAUGCGACUUUUAGCAGGCAAGAGCACCUUAUCCGCCAUACUAGGAGUCAUACUCGUGAGAAACCUUUCAAGUGUCUCAUUUGCGGGAAAGGAUUCGCUCGCCAGGAUGUCCUGAACCGUCAUCACACAUCGCAUACACAGGAUCACGAAGAAGCAAGUGCUGUUACACGUUCCAGAGCAUGUAGACAGUGUGCCACGAGCCGUGUUCGCUGCUCCCGGAGUGAUCCAUGUAAACGUUGCAUUGAACGCAGCUUGACUUGCACUUUUCCUACAACACGGAAAUCCAAGACCACGGCGAUUGUCAGCACGGGGAUGCAUAUUGACAACGAGCCGCAAUAUACAACGUUGGACGCAACUCACCAAACAAUUGGAGACGGUGCCUCACUAAUUACAGCUAGACCUGAGGUAUCUGCAAGUAUCAACGGCGCUGAUCUCAACGAAUGUGGCCCUGAGGCGGUAAACAACAAUCGUUUAGCAUUCAGAACCGAUGCUUGGAGAGCCCAGCGUAUCUACGAGUUUAAUCCAAUCCCGGACUUUAAUGAGCAGGCCAUGGACCUACUCUCUAUGAACUGGAUGUCUCCUGAGAAUCCUCCCUCGUUUGUGUGGAACGGACUUAUUGCUGUGCCGCCCUAUGCUGAGAAUGAUAAGAAUGUCCCAUCUAUGCCUUUUUGCUUCCCUACUUCGAGCCCUUUGCCCGCCUCUGAUCACGAGUGCGUGCCACUUAAUAACGUACAGGCGCCUAACAUUGGGCGAGCUAAAACCAGCAUCGAUGGUGCAAGCCAUUCGACUGAUACUAUUGGCAAAUAUGGGUCUGAGGUAAGCAAAUCUAUGACUGGGAGUUACUACGUAGAUGGCGAUGGCUCUCGAGCACCGUUUCGCGGUCAGGCUACCCAACAAUGGAGAGGACGACAAAUGAUGGCUGCCGACGAUGCAUCAACACCUGAAAGAAGCGCGGCCAAUUACGUAGGUGGUGAAAGAAUUGGUUUACGGGAGGACUCUCUGGUGGAUGCGGAUGGCUAUAGCAACAUGAUACGACAAUUACAUUUCGGGCUGAGCAAGCAAAAUGUGCCUGUGGAUGCCAUCUCCUUCCCGUCUUUACAGUGUAUUGCUCUAUGCGUCCAUUCAUACUUUGCUUAUUUCCAUUCUACAUUCCCCUUUGUUCGGAAAUCGACGUUUUUGGAAGACUCGAGAGAAAACUGGCUACUUCUCCUUGCUGUUGCCGUUAUUGGAUCCAAAUAUGAUAAAGAACGGCUGCUUAGCCCAGAGUUUACAGCUGUUCUGGAAGGCAUGUCUAUUAGAAGAGUAUGCCACGGUCGACGAGAAGAAGCUGGAAUCCCUUCAACAUCACCAUUCUGCAAGUUGGAAAAUAGUUCGUUCAGCCUUCCGGAUUUGCAGGCGGCCAGCCUCUCCUUGAUCUGCUCACUACACAGAGGCAAGCAGGGCAUGACAAGGUGUGCUUUGAUGGAACGACACUACCUUGUUGGAGCAUGCAAAGAAUUUAAUCUGCUAUCUGGAGAGUCGGAAGACAGUCAUCAUCAUAGCGAUGGUGCCAAUGUUGUACAGGACUGGUUAAGAAAGCAGUCUCGUAUGAGGACCGGCUUGAUGAUAUGGGUACUUGACGCUAUGAUCUCAUACGAGUUCAAUGCAGCUCCAUUGAUGCAACUUGUAGAUGUAAAGGUCUCCUUGCCCUGCGAGGAUCACAUCUGGGAAUAUCCAUCAGUAGAAAAGGUUGCAGCCGAGCAGAAAUCAUCUGUCACACUGCUAGACGUGAUCGAGAUGCUGUAUAUCGAGAAGAGACUCCCAGAGAGCCUCAGCGAAUUCAGCAAUAUUUUAAUCAUCCACGGCAUUUGGCGAAGGACGAAGGAGGUUAUCAACCAGAGCCGGACUCGGCUGACAAACUGGAUCCCUAGCGCUGCCAUCCAAGGACAAGAAACCUAUCAAAGCGCAUCAGCAGAAACCUGGCCGCCGUCGAGUCCAACGCUAUCAAAGUGGCGCAAUAGUGCAUGCGAUUGUCUGGAUAUAUUGCACUGGAGAGCUAAUGGCAAGGCAGCCAAUGCCGGAGGACUGGAACACCCUACCAUCUUGUAUUUACACCUAUCUCGUCUCAUCUUACUUACGCCUGUAGCGCAAAUCCAAACAUUGGCAACCAACGCCAAUAACACCAACUCUACAAACUCAGCUGCCAGCCAGAGAUAUACAGAAGCAAGCAACUGUGUGCUCAAGUGGGCCAUUAAUGACUCGUUCAAGGCUAGGCUUUCAAUCAUUCACGCCGGCGCGCUAUUUUGGCACAUACGACGGUACUCAAGAAGGUGCUUUCUGGAGCCUUUCGCAAUAUACAUGGCCACGCUCAUCAUCUGGGCGUACAGUAUUUCGGUGAGGUUUGCAAAACAACAGGAAGAACUUGAAGCUUUCGCAGCUUCGAUGGAGGGACCUGUAUCAUCUGAAGCCCGCAUGGUGCCCACUGCGUCCCAGCAAUCGACGACUUCCAAGGAUGAAGAACUGGUUUCAGAACUUUCUUUUUUCUAUAUCGACCGACCGUGCGACGAUGAGAUGGUGCAAAUAUACCUCCGCCAUGGCGAUAAGCUGUCUGCACAUAUGGCAAGAGUUGGGAUCAUUACGCAAGCCUCUGCUCCCAGCAGAAUCCUUAAAGAAGGCCUCCGGCUCCUUGCAAAUGACACAACAGGUGGCAGUUCGGUAUUGGUGACUGGUUCAAGUGGGCAAGACGGACCCAAAAUAAGCACAUGGGGGGCAGAACAGACUUACAUGGGAGUUCUAGAUGCCUUGUCUCAGACAAUGGGGCAGAGGCAGACAUGA